CACUGUGGCGGACUUACGUGAGUAUGGCGGAGGCUUCCUCACAGCCUCGCUACUUCUGCCACCGCUGUUCGGCUGAGAUUCUCCCCAGGCUGCCGGAAUACACAUGUCCAAGAUGUGACUCUGGUUUUAUAGAAGAAUUACUCGAUCAAGCACCAAGAAAUGCUGAAAAUGGCUCGAAUUCAACAGCUUCCACAAGUGACCAGACUCGACAGUUAUUUGAGGGUUUAGACCAGCAUCUGCUUUCCUUACCGCAAGGAAGCUAUGGACAGUUUACAUUUGGUAUUUUGGAUGAUCCCUUUGAUCCCUUUUCCUUUGGGACAAACCAAACAUCAGAUGAAAACAGAGACUCUGAAAGCAGGAGGGAGCGGGAGCACCAAUCGCGUCCACGAUAUAGUUCUAGGCAACCCCGAGCACCCCGUUUCCCAUCACGGCGGCCUACAACACGGAAUGAAGGUGUGCCAACUCUAGAAGGAAUUAUCCAGCAAUUGGUUAAUGGAAUCAUUGCGCCCACAGCAGUGCCACAUUUAGGAUUGGGUCCAUGGGGUGUCUUGCACUCAAAUCCAAUGGAUUAUGCAUGGGGAGCCAAUGGUUUGGACACGAUCAUUACACAGCUGCUGAAUCAAUUUGAAAAUACUGGCCCACCUCCUGCAGACAAAGAGAAAAUAAAGACACUUCCCACAGUACAAAUAACAGAUGAACAUGUAGGUUCUGGUGUAGAAUGCCCUGUGUGUAAAGAAGAUUACAGUGUUGGAGAAACGGUUAGGCAACUCCCAUGCAACCAUUUAUUCCACAAUGAUUGUAUAAUACCUUGGCUAGAAAUGCAUGACACUUGUCCAGUCUGUCGAAAAAGCUUAAGUGGACAAAACACAGCAACAAAUCCUCCUGAUUUAUCAAGGAUGAACUUUUCCUCGUCAUCAUCCUCCUCUGCCUCAAGUUCACCAAGUAAUGAGAAUUCAACAAACAAUUCCUGAAUUAUUUUUUAAAGACAGCAUCCAAGGCUACUGUUUUCAUAAUGCAACAGUGUUCAAUGACUACCGUGAUACAUUUUAUAAUUUAAAUUAUUGUAUUAUGCAUGGCACAAAGAAAGCCAGAGUAAAUGGAGGUUCUUAACCAAGAACUCUUUUUUCUAAACAAAAAUGUCAACUCAAACACGAAUACCCACUUUUUUCCAUAUUGAUUUGUUUUAUAGAUUUAACUUACGGGACCGAUUUAAACCAUUUCUUAUUGACAAGCUGCUAUGUUUAUUUUAUUUCAUCUCACUUUGGGUAGACAAGCCCUGUGUGCACAUCGCUGUGAUCAUACUGCUGUGAAUUAUUUUAAGCAGUGGAAGAUUUCUGCUGUUCUUUUGCAAACAUAUUUGAUGCUUUAACCAUUGUAAUGCAUUUUAAGGUUAAUGAAGCUGUUGGAUCUCUGGGUAUUUUCAUUCAAUUUUAUAGUCAAUUUUGUUUUUCUCAUACUAAAAAGGGAUUAUUUUUUCAAAAGUAAGUUUUUUAUUGGAUUGGCCAUUUUAUAGUUGCUGUGGAAAGCUCAGUGAGACCCAACAUCAUCCCAAAUUGAAAGUGGGUCAUUGUUUGCUUCAAAUCAAUUCAAAGGGUGUUUGGGUAUGGAGAAUGAAAAUUUAUUUGAAAAUUUAUCUUAAGACAUUGAAGUGGUGAUUACAUAUCUGCUAAAAAAAACUUUUAACCAGUUCUUGGUAUCUUGAAACCUGAAAAUAUUUGAAUCAUGAAAGAACUACAAUGCCUCCUACUUACUUAUCUGAAGUGGUUUAAGAUGCAGUUCAGCAACAUUUAUUAAUCAGUAUCUGGCCUGUCAACCAUCUGUCACUUGUAUAUAUUAAGUAAAAAGAGGAUUGGCUUACUUUGUAACCAUGGUUUCCUGGGAAGAUAUGAAAUCGAAAGACUAGCCCAGUGGUAUGCUUGUCAGUAGGUAAUGCCACAGUGUACAGGAAUGUGAUGCAAGCAAAUACCUAGUAAACUUGUGGCAUUUACUAAGUUUGUUAAUAUUGUAUCGCCACCAACUGUAUACAUGUCAUUGAAUAAUCGUUACAUUUUUUUAAAAAAUGCAUUGUCCUUGACUUUUUUCAUCUGAGCAGCACAUCUUCUAAGGCACCAACCUAAUUAAUCAAUGAUAUGAAACAUUAUUUCCAGCUAUAAUCAUUAAAAUGACAGAAACUUAGAUUUUUUUCAUUGAUCAUUUUCAUAACAAAACCUGUAUACUUCAGUGAUACACAAUUUGUUAGUCAGUGAAAUAAAUUUUAGUGUAUAUUUUGUAAGGAACUAAGUGAUUUGAAGUGUCUGUGUUUUUAGUGGAGAAGGGUAUACAGAUAGUGUAAAGUAAGGAAAGAGUAAAGGGAAAUACGUGUGUAGUUUACAGUUCUGUGUCUGUCACUUAAACUUGUCUGUUGCUUAAUUAAAAUCAAUAUUGGGAGAAGUUUUAAAAUUUUUACCAUGCACUUUGGUGAUCUGGACUGCAAGUCCUGAAGUUGCAAUGGAAUCUUUUAGGACUUCGGACUUCCACAAAGAUGAAUUUGGUCUUCAACUGUGGAUGAGUGUUGAGAAGCAUUUGAAUCUGAAAGCUUAAGAUUUCUCAGUAAAAACAUUGGGACCUGAAGUGGAGAGACUUGGUAAAGGUAAAGAAAGUGUAUAAAGUUUUGAAUGGCCCCAUGGAGAAUUUUUUUUAAAAAAUUUGAUUAGAAUAAAGCAGUACUUUAUAUAUAAGCCAAACUUCACUGGGCAACCUUGAUAAACUUGCAACAUGUGUAUAUAAAUAUACAUCAACAAAUGUGUAUAUGAAUAUAUGUGAAUACACCUGAAUAUUAAUUUAUAAUGUAUAAGAACUUGACUCUCCAUUUCUGAAUUUUAAAGUGAUCCCUGGGGGCGGAGUGGGUUGGGGGGAGGGGGUGAGGUGGAGUGUGAACUAUUAUGGUUUUGACUCUGGUGAUUUUCUGGAGCAGGAGAUGAAUCUCUUUUCAGUACAUACAAGAAUUUUGUUUAUGGUAACCUCUGCAAGUGUAAGAGGAAGUUGUUCUAUUCAUUCAGAUUUUGUUUCAUACCCACCCUCACCUCGCCAAAAAUAGACCCAAGUUGCUUCUACCAAUAUUCAUCAAGAAGGAUAAUAACAAUACCACACAAAUGGGGAAGAUCUCCAUCAAAUUUGAACAUGUUUCAUUUUUAAUUUGAUUUUUGAAUUUUGCAUCAUUUCUCUACUGUUCUAUUACCCACUGACAAGUAUAUCAAUGCAUACAUUUCUGCUCCAGACUAAGAUGAAUGUCUUUUAGUCUGGAGUAGAAAUGCAUGAUGCUCUGAAUGUCACCAAGCAUCUGAAAAGUGGUUUUGACACUAGUAAAUUUUUUCUAGGUAGGUAUCUUGGGAAUAUAUUAAAUGUUAUUUUCUCCAAUUGGCAUCUUUUGUUUGAAGAAUUUAAUUGAUUUAGAACAUGAAACUGUUUCCCUUAAGAUACUGGCCAUGGUUUCCAGAUUAUUUUUUAAAAUGCAUUGCACAAUGGAAUUAGAUUGGCUGUUUUAGGGAUGAUAUAAUUCAAAACAAAAUAAAGACUUUGCCACCUUUUGUGUUUUUUUUUCUUCCUGAAGAAGAUAUUGUCUUUCCUCUUUGCCUGUCUAAUGUUUGGUGAAGCAAAAAUGGUAAUGAACCCCAGUUAACUUAAAUUACAAAGCAUUCCAACUUCUGCAUGUUGCCUCCCUAAUGCUAGAUUUCAAUUUGUUCUUCAAGCAACAACAUCUCAGUGCUAAAUGUAUUAAAUUUAGCUCUGUGCUUAAUCCUAGACAGAUGAUCUAGUGGGAUUUGGAAGAUUUUGAAGUUGUUCAAUUCAUAUAUAAAAAAAAGUUUUAAUGUGAAGUAAUUGUCUUUCACUGGGGUUUAUUUUCACUUGGAUUAAGGUCCAGUGUUAGAGGUUGUCAUAUAAAUUUGUAUGAUUUCCUCGAGGAUAAUUAAAAUGUAAGACAUUACAAAGAUGUGAAAAUAAAUUUCAUCACAUCACUCUGGGCAGAGAUCUUCACAGUAAAUUGUCAACCACCUGCAUUUAUGUGGCGGCCUACUUAUUCGUGCUCCUGUCUCCUCUAGAAGUAAACUGGCUUGGCUGAUGCUUUGUAUAAUUGAAAUUGACAUUAAAAGCCAAUAAGAUAAAUGGAUUUGCAGCACUGAUUUCUCUAACUGCCCAAAACUCUGUGACAUUUUGAAGGGUAUUCUUCAGUGAUUGCAAUAUUUGAUUGAGAUGCAGUGAAAUGAAUCACUUAAUUCUUGUGCUCACUGCAUCAAUAUAUUUAAAGCUUUCCUUUGGAAGAAUGUUUGGAAUCUUGUUGCCUUUUUAACUUUCCAUUUUAAAUCAUGAGGUAUUUCCUACUAAAAUGCAUUGCAUCUAUUUCCUGCAUAUGGAAGUGCAGUUUAAUUAGAAGGACUUGUGCAGGAAACAAAGGGAGACCAGUAACUCUUCACCUCUAUGAUCUGAUAGAUUGAACUGACUUGCUAGCAUUUUUUGCUGUAUAUGUAAAUAUCUAUGGACAAUGUAAGGAAUGUUUUCAGGACUUGGGUGCAUUAAAUUAUCACCAAACUGCUGGCAAGUUCAGGACUCAGCACUCCUAUUGCAGCAGAAGUAACUGCAAUACUUGUAAAUGUAUUAUAAAUACAACAGUUUUAAUUAAUAAAAUGGUCAAAAUUUUAACUUUCCGAGGGAAAUUAUUUUGUUUUUUCAAGAAUGAUUGCUGCAGUGAAAAUGCUAAUGUGACA